AUGAAGCUCCCGCCUGGCGCCCCUGGGAGAUACCAGACAGCUGAGGACCCCACCAACAGCGCCCGCCGGGACUGGCGUCAUAGGGCCGCCAACGCCGAACCCCCGAAGCUCGUCCUCCUAGCGCUCCCGAGCUCCAAUUCCGACGCCCUGGGCUGGGCCUUGGCUGCCCAUGUAGUUAAGAAAGAGCCGAGCUUUCCCUUGCGGGAGCUUGCCGACAUUUGCGCAUCGCAGAGGACCAGGAAUCGUUGA